AUGGGAUUUUUGAGUGGUGUUCUCAGUGCGGUGAAAAACGAAAAUGAAGUGACAACUUAUGAUACAGAUAAGAGUAAAGACAUUAAUACAGUUAUUAAGAAAUUAGAAGAUAAUAUUGGCUCCGGGCGUACUGGGCUUGCGGCGUCUGUCGACGCGGUGAGGGGGUGGUUGGAGGGGUAUGAAGGUGAAGUAAGGGAGAUGACUGGGAAUGUUAUUAGCAAUAGGGGAACGUUAAAACAACUUGAAGAUACAAUUCAGAGUAUUAUUUCGCAGGUUGAAAGUUUAUCUCGCAAUGGAUUUGAUGAUGCCGUCAAGGUCUGGUAUAAGACGGCUACCAAGGAUUUGUCAAAUAGAUUAAGUGCAACUGAAACGGCGAUUGACAAACUAGAUGCGGAUCUCAAGACACAGUUGUGUUGCUAUUUUGACAGAAUUAAAUUACAGAUUGACAAUGUGAAAAAGACUGCAAGUUCGGAUCAGGUGGAGUUGGGCGAAAUGAAGAUUACUGUAGAGACCGAAUUUGGAAAAUUAAGAGAUGAAGUGACUAAUUACGCGAAUAUACGGAAAACCAUAUGUAUUGAAGAUUUGAGAAUUGCGCUUGAUACUAAUAUCCAACAACCCAUCAAGACCGUGAAAGCCAAGCUGGAGGAGGUGCAGAAUAAUUUGGAAAGGUGGAGCACUAUGGCGGUUAAAGUUGUCGAUACCGCGAUGAAGAAAGUAGAUGAAAUUUGUCGAGAAUUGUCAGGAAGUAAGAAGAUUGAUAUUCAGAAAGCAUCCCAAGCAUUGUAUGAGAAAGCAUUUAAGCUUCGAGAUGCCAUAGACGCUGUUCAGACGGCAACAUACACGCAUAUCGCCGCGGCGUUGAACACGAUUAAAGAUAUGGACGAAGCGAUUAGAACGGAUUUAAAUCAGGUGAAGGAAGCAAUUAAGGUGGCUGUCAACCAGAUAAAGGAGAAGGUGAAGGAUCUUGCCAAAGAAUUUCCAAAGGAGCUUAACGGCCGACCAACUGGAGAGCAGAGCACGACCAUGUAUGACAUUUUUGAACAUAUCCGAACUAAAGUUGCACAAAUCCGAGGGGAGAGAACAUCAUUUUCUAUGGGUUUGGAGGGUAUACGAGAAGCUUUUAAGGAUUAUGCCAAUGAGUUUGACAAAGGGAAGUUUGAAAGCAAAGUGUUGAGUAAGUGGUUGGAAGUCAUUUUGGACAAUAAUAUUCUAGUCAAGGGGUGGAUUAAAAGUUAUGCGCAAGAAGUUAAUAGUAAGGGUGGUAGAUUCACGUCGCCAUAUGAUGAUGAUGAACUAACCAAUAAGGGGUUUAUCAAGAAUGUUGCGCAACGUAUUAUGCAACAAAUUGAAGAUGGCACAAUUGGCGCGGUGCAAGCCGAGAUAAGGGAUCUAAGCAGCCGCGCAGAUGACGAAAUCGAGGCAUAUGUCGACGCUGUCAAGCGAGUAUGCGAUAUAUUUGCUGAUAAGCUGGAUGCGAAAUUGAAGGAAGAUCUAGGCAAAAAUGGAGCGUUCGUAGAAGAUAUUGCGCGAUCUAUCGACUCCAAGUUUGGAACAUAUACUAGCGUAGGCAUUGUCCCUGAUCCCAAGGGACAUCUCACAUGGGCCGUUGACCACGUCCUCCAACAGCUAGUUGGUGCAGCACGAGGGGCGACUGCCGAACUACACUCGCUAAGCCUAAAUAAGAGGCCAAUCACCGCAGACCCAGGCAGUAUAGCAGCGAAGAUUACGGAUGCUCAUAGAAAGGUUACGCUACUUCACAGUCAACUCAACACGGCUACUGGACAACCCACUAAAAACCGCAAGCCCAAUCAUGCGGAGCUACUUGACAAAGCAAUUAGCGGAGUGGCACAAGCGCUCGAAACGCAGUUGCCAGACGGCUUCAAGCAUCAGAUUGAUCUCAAAAAUCUUAAUGCUUAUAAAAAAUACAUUUCUCAACCUGUCGAUCCAAUCACGCAACCCACAGGUUCACUUCCGGAUAUAAUCAAAGAUAUUAGAACCGAUCUGCAAGAUAAACUUGGAAACAUAACCGAUUCUAAAGGUCUCGAAACUAUAAACACCAACAAACUUAAAUCGGCGCUCACUGUUAUCACAUCCGCUAUUGAUACUUUCGCCAAAGCCAUCAAUGAUUCUCUUACGCUUCAGGGCACGCCAAUUGCUGAAUCACCAAAUAAGAACAGAGGCGUGCGGAAAUUGCUGUCUGAUUUAAGGAAGAUGCUCGAUGGUAGCGGCGCAGGAAGCAUUUAUAACAUCCCUCAAGAUUUGAAAAAAAUCCAAAAUGAGAUUGCUGCUAUAAUUGAAACUUCAGGUCAGCCGGAUAACUUUAACACACUGGCUUCACUCGUCACACAAGCUAAAGAAUUUCACGACAAAACCAUUCCAGCCAAAAUUAAUGAAUGUAUCAACAACAUUAAUCAAAAAGUAAGCCAACAGUACCAAGCCAGAAUUAAGAACAUUAAGAAGGAUACGUUGACUAGGUAUGUAAGGGCGACGACUGAGGAUAUGAGAACGUUGAGCGAAGUCAUUGAAGAAACACGCAAGAAUAUGAAAAUUAUGAUCAAUAAUGAUACGGUAUCGGGGGUAAAAGGCUUAUUACAACGGUUGCAAAAAUAUUUAGUCACUGAGUUACAAGACUUUAUGAUUACAAAAUCAAUUGCAGCUCCACCUAAAACCGUGCAGAAUACAUUACAAGAUUUGGCGAAGAAACUUAACCCAUGCUUCAACUUAUUGUUCCAAGAGAUAAUGGAACAGCCCAAAGUAAUGCCGUUUUCCUCUACCUUUACAGCAGUAUAUAAAACGUUGAACUUGUUGCUACAGCAGAUUUGCGAUUCUCAGCAUUUCGACUACCUCGUCACACCUUGCCUCAAUGAUUUCGGCGAGGCGCUGAGAAACAUUUUUCCCGACAAGGCGGAUGACGCAGCCAAGAAAGUAUUGCGGCCAGUCAUUGGAGGUCUUUUGAAAUUAUCCGCUCACCUCCGCCUCGGUUACGUGAAUUCCUAUUCAGGCGCUAUCCCACAUGACACUCAUUGGAUCAAGGGUGACAAGUUAUCCGGUGAAGGAGAACGAUGUUGUAAAGUGUUUCUAACUGCACUGUCCACUCUUUUCUAUGAGCUUCAUUAUUUAUAUUAUCAUUCAUCUACUUCUUGGAGUCAGCUCAAGGUUGACGGUAGUGAAGAUGUCGAGGAUAACACAGGCCUCUUAAAAAGCCAUCUUGAGAGUCAGGGCUUCAAUGUUACCAAUCUUUUCAAUAGGCAGAACAGCGGCAUGGAUAUCGCUUUAGCGCUGCGAGAAGCGUUCAAUGACAAAUAUGAAUUCCAGACUUUCCCACGACCUGAUAUUGAUUUUAAUAUAUAUCUAAAGUCAGUCAUAGAUGGAGACGAUGGAAGCAGCGUGCUUCUGACGCUCGUCAGGCAUCUGAAUGAAUAUAAUGAAGCCUCUCACCUUCAGCACAAUGCCUCAACUAAGUCGCCGUGCAAUGUGUACGAAAUGCUGAUCUGGUUCACUGGUCUGCCACAUAGCCCUGUAUAUCCAUCAUCGCUACAUGGCGCAUUCUCACCGCUGUUUACCGAUAUAAAUAAGACGGAUGUGGAGGACGCGGAGAUACCGACGAUUGACCUCAACAGCCUAUCUGUCAACGCCUAUCCACACGUAAUCAGACACAACGAUAUUCUGGCUACACUAAACGACGUCUGCUCUCAAUCAUAUGAAGUCCUCGUCACAGUCCUAGGGCACGGCCACGCAGGAGGAAUUUACGCUUGCGACUAUUCAAAUAACUCAUGGAAGUUGCACUAUCCCACUAAUAUGGACAUCUUAAUCUGUAUGAUGUUGGACUACCUCCAACGCUUACAAUAUCAGCUUCAGUUCCUCUACCAGCAAUGUUCAUAUGAAACCGAACUCAGUGGAUGGCGUGAGUGCUACUACGGUCGGCAAGUAGGUGGCUCAGGUUGGCAGUGCAAUGAGCUGCAAUGCCCUGAUCAACUGUGCAACCAAAAGUGUAAGCAAACGUGCAACCAAAUACACAACCAAAAGGGUGACCAACACCCAAAGUGCGGAGUAAAAUCGCCACUUCAAUCAUUCUUGGAGGACGGAUUACAAGGUUAUUUGCCGCAUAGUGUAUCAUGUAAGGGUACGAAGAUGUCAUGUUCCAGUUGCCCUAAGACGCCUGGAAUGCCAUGUAGGACACCUAUGGGCUUUGGUGAUAUAAGUGUCAUGGCAUCGCAUACAAUGAUAGGUGAACGUAUUAGAGUUGUGCUUGAAGGUUUCUGUGGAGGUGCAAAUUCGCCAGUCACCAAGCUGUGCAGCAAACUCAACUGUUUGCUUCCCAGUGCUCCCAAAACACUUGGAGACAUGUUCUCGUUUUACUACAACUUCCUCAGUGGGUGGAAUCACGGCGUACGAACGAUAUUCGACAACGCCGUGCGAAGUGCAAAUUUCGAGAGGGUUGACAGCAAUCUAGACAUCACUCAAAUCUUCGAAAACAGUGACCAUAGUACACACAUUAAAGGCGAUCUCUACUCGCUUAUGAAAUGCAGGGAAGCUUCAAAAUCACUGUCGGCUUAUCCGUGUGGUUCAUAUAUGAGACCAUUAUGCCUUAAUGUUUGCAACACUUUCACCGAAGCAUACGCCGACAAAUAUCUAUCGUGGAUUGUCUACCUUAGUGAGACAUUCUAUGAUUUACUCAGGAAGUUGUAUGAAGAAUGCUAUAGUAAAUGCGGCACUGAACGAGCGAAAUGUCGCAAAAACCAAUGUAAUAGAAGUUGCAACGCAGAUCGAUUGCCGAAACGUCAAUCCUCAACUCACGAUAAAUCAUGCAAAUCGAUUGUACAAUGCCCACUCAACUUGCCUACACUGUAUACAUACGGUUUCGUAUAUGGCAGCUCAUCAAACCUAAGCGGUGCGUAUGACCUGUCUAAUAAAAGGACAUGUAGUAACUUAUGUAAUGCGUUGAAAAGAGUGCUAAAGCAAGGCAACGUACUGUAUAUACUUGUUAACGAUACAAUUCCAAACUAUUUGUUCACCAUCCGCGCCCCCUUCAUCUGGCUCAACGUCGCCCUCUGGCUCCUCUCUUUGUUGUACCUCCUCCACAUCAUGGUCAUCCGCCUCGACCUGCUCCACAUCAAAUCGCAUCUACAUAGUCCCUCAUCACAUCGCAUUGCCGCUCAGUCACUACUUGCUGCUGCACGUGUUGACAAGCUUAACAGAGUGUUUUAUCUGCAACCAUAA